ACAAGCAAUCAAAAGUAGCGGCUGUGGGGACACCUGUGCAGGGUGCAUUGUGGGAAGGUGAAGGAAGAGUCUGAGUGUGGUGUCCUCUUCUCCCCCAGGCUCCGUGCAGGUGAUGCACAGAAAGGUCCAGGUGAUGCACAGAAAGGUCCAGUCGGUCCAGGCAGGUGGAAACGUUACUUUUUCGUGUCGGUUGAUCACGAAUGAAGACACGCUACAAGUCACCUGGCAGAAGGAAAUUGAGGGGGCUGAUGAAAAUAUAGCAACUUACAGUACCAUGAACGGCCAAAAGAUCGUGAAGAGCUAUGGCAGCCACGUGAGCUUCGCCCACAGUGGGCUACAAGCCUCGGCCAUCUCCCUUCAGGGAGUCACUUUCCAAGACGAAGGAUGCUACAAGUGCAUCUUCAACACGUUUCCCUCUGGGGCUGUCACGGGCAGGAUGUGUCUCAAGGUUUACGCCAUAUCGGACCCCAAAGUGGAAGCUAAGCUUAUACCCAGUUCAGACAAAGCCAAGGAUGAUGACAAAGUGGUGAUGAGCUGCUCAGCAACAGGGAAGCCAGCUCCAAAAAUCACAUGGCGGCUUCCCAGCACCCUGCAGCAGAAACCAAGAGAGUACCACGUAAGAGUUGGCAACCAUACUGUGACCGUCAUCAGCAAUUUCACCCUCGCCCACUCCAAAAUCCUCCAGGAGUACCCCAUCGUCUGCGUGAUCCAACACCCAUCUCUAAACGUGACCCUGUCUCUGCCCACAGACAACGUGACGCAGGGUCAAGACGCAGCCACAGCGCCAGCCCUUGCCACCACUGUUGGCAUGUUAGUUCCUCUGAUUUCCCUCCUCCUCCUCGGCUUCCUCUUCUGCUGCUGCCUGAGACAGCUGCACAAUCUGGAGAGACACCGAGCCCGGCCUUGCUGGGUCCUUCCUGUAUGUACCAAGGACAAGUGUGGAAAGUACAAAGUUACCAGCAAACAAGCUUCCACCAUAUCUCCCACCUCCGGCACUCCUUUGAAUACGUGAAUACCUGUGGGCAGUAUUUGUGUGAGAGAAACAUUUUAUGAUGACACCUGGGACUUUGAAGUAAACCUACUGAGAUUUUACAUCUGAGAAAAUACAAAAAAAAGAGGACAUUUUAAUAUAUAUUUAAUUUUUUGUUAUACUGUUAUAUUCCGUUCUGUAUAAAAAAAAGCUGUAAAGUAUUUAUCUGAAACUCUAAGACAACUGGCUGUAUGGCUCUGGAUAAGGAAACUUUUGUUUUGUAUUUCGUUUUUUUUUAGCGCUAUGUUUAUUCCUUACAGUCAGGAGUCAUGGGGCAGGAGGAAGCUGUCUGCCCUGACUUCUACUACCCUCUCCUAGAAAGUUAUUUAAAAGCAAAGGGGAAAAUGGGAGAUUUCCUUUUUCCUCUAUUCUCUUCGUGCUUUCCUCUGCCCCCAGCUUAUUUUCGCUGCCCCAUGGCAGCUGCCUUGCCUUUCCCCCUCACCCAGGGGCUGCCUUUUCCCUGCCGCAGCCCCUUUCCCCCGGCCCAGUGAGGAACCUCUGGAGGUGGGAGGUAGAGGAAGGGGAAAUUUGGGGGUGGGAAAGGCCAGAUCUUGCCGUGUAAUGGAAAGGGUUUUUGGGGAGAAGAUAAAGGGCACAAAGCUGGCAAGAAAUUGCUCCUGAGCCUAGGAAGGUUAUGGGGUUAUGUAUUGCUGUUAUUUAUGAACUGAUCACCUGGACUGGGAGAAGGCAGGGUCCAGAGCCAAGAAAAUGUGUGUUUGUGUGUGUUUAGAUGAUUUGUUUUGUGGUGCAGCUAAAGGUUGAAUUGUGAAAGGCCUUUGCUGGUUUCCGCUUACAAGAAACUUCAUAGAGAUAGAUAGUGAAUGAGAUAGGAAGAUGCGGUGGCUAACAGGGAAAGUGCAGUGCAAGAAAGAUAGAUAACGUGUUCCUACUUGUCUUUUGUAGUAUUAGAAAUGAAAUCCAGAACAUUCAGAGCUCAUACAUGUAUUUGCCUGCAUACGGUACACUGUCAGCUACUAAAAUCCAGUGCCAUAAAAUGCACUAAAAUGCUAACGCUAUUGAGAUUGGCUUCGUGUAGCAAAGGAAUGCCAGUGAUCGUCUAGACUAUGUAUAAUUACCCGACUGUUAACUGGGGGAAAAAAAAAGUAUGAAAUAGAUACAAACCACCUUUCAGAGUGCAAACAAAUGUGACUGAGGGGAUCAGAAAUUUUUGCUGUGGGUAAAUAGCAUUGUCAGUGUUGCUCUGAGGUUUCUUUUUCCCUACGAUUGCUUCAUGUUUGCCUGUCAAAUUAUCUCUGUGAACAGUUUGGCAGUGAUUCUUUGGGGAUCAUAUAUCAGAUGGGAUUAUUCAUGUAUUCAGUAUUUAUUUUAAGAAAUAGUUUCUAAGCUACAAAACAUUGCAAAGUUUGAAUAGGUCUUGAGAAGCAAAAAUAAAACUGGUAAGAAAUUCAAGUGAAAUGGACUGCUCUAUUUUCCUGCUGUAAUACAAGUGAUGUGAAGCAAGAAAACUUUGUAAGUCAAAGCAGAAUACAUUUUCAAAAUUUACCCUACAGUAAUGU